GAAGAAAGUCUCCCAAAUCGUGGGCUUGGUCUCAUCGGCAACCGGCUACCACCACGGGGAGGAGUCCUUGGUCAAGGUCAUUGUCCACUUGGCCCAGGACUUUGUCGGCACCAACAACAUAAACCUUCUCGAGCCGAUUGGCAUGUUCGGAACUCGCCUCAACGGCCGGGACGUGCAUGCCAGUGCCCGGUACAUCCACACCAAGCUCACAAC